CUUGGCUUUUUCAAAGACUUAACUUACUGUUCUAAAAGACUCAGUCUAACGAUAAUAUUGAACCAAAUAAUGGAAUUACAAAAGCAAAAGCAUGGCGCAGCUCGUACUUUUAGGAUUCUGAACCGCGUCAGGCAAUCAGAGGUGGUUAUAGUUCCUGUUGAAAGUGCGUCCCGAGAAGUCUUAUGCGGAAGCUUUCCAGUCCUGGAUCUGCAGAAUAACUGUCGCCUGUGCCUCGAGGAACCCAAUCCCAGCCUAAUGUUGGACAUGUCUGUCUGCUACGACCACGAAGCAGGCUUGAGCUACUACGACUGCUACGAAAUUUGCACCAAAGAGGAUCUCAAAAAAAGGCCCAGCCACGAGCCCAGGACUUUAUGCAAACGAUGUGCUGUGGAACUUCAGUGGGCCUACGAUUUCCAUAAAAAAGUGGCUCUAGCUAACCAGCAGUUGAGAGAGAUAUUCGAGUCAUCGAAUCAGGACUCUGCAGAGCAAGAAAAGGAAGACGAUGAGUUGGAUGAGGAGUACUUGGUGGAGGAAGAGGAGAACGAUAGCAAUGAGGAAAAGAAAGAGGAGGAAAAUGAGCAGGAAUGUCAGGAAGAAAACGACCUAGAGUUUCAAAAGCCAGAGGACCUAUUGACCCACCAAAGUCUUUCCAGAAAAAUUACCUGCAAAUUCUGCCAGAAGGUUUUCAAAAAUCGUUCCAGCAUGGUGAAGCACGAGAUAAUUCACCUUACCAACCGUCCCCGAUUCCGGUGCUCCCAAUGCCACAGGGUCUAUCUCACCAAGCAGGCGCUUAGGGUCCACGUAGAGGCAAAGCACCAGCAGUCGGGAGCCACCUGUGACACAUGCGGUAAAGUCUUUGGCAUUGCCAAGGCUCUGGAGAUACACAAACGAUAUCACUCAAAGGAUUUCCCCUUCGCCUGUGACCUAUGCGAUCGCAAGUAUGCCCAACGCUCCCACCUAACCGUCCACCAAAACGUGAAGCACAGUGGAGCACGAUUUCUUUGCGAAUACGCCGACUGCAAUAAGACAUUCACGUCGUCCUCAUCGCUGCGGUAUCACGAGGUCACGCAUACGGCUAUGCCAUUUGAAUGUGUACACUGCCAGAAAAGCUUUCCAGCUCGCACAAAACUACGACUGCACCUAAAAAGCGACCACAACCGGAUAGUACAGAUCGAUGAGCUCGAGGAAAUGAGGAAAUUUCGUGUACCUCGCUCAAAGUUGGUUUUGACAAAAAUAAACGAAAAGAAAUAG